AUGGAGAAGAGGUACUCUUCAGAAGGGAGCACCAAACAGCCAGAAGGGAGCACCAAACGGACAGAAAGGAGCACCAAACGGCCAGAAGGGAGCACCAAACGGCCAGAAGGGAGCACCAAGCGGCCAGAAGGGAGCACCAAAUGGCCAGAAGGGAGCACCAAGCCGCCAGAAGGGAGCACCAAGCGGCCAGAAGGGAGCACCAAGCGGCCAGAAGGGAGCACCAAACGGCCAGAAGGGAGCACCAAGCGGCCAGAAGGGAGCACCAAGCGGCCAGAAGGGAGCACCAAGCGGCCAGAAGGGAGCACCAAGCGGCCAGAAGGGAGCACCAAGCGGCCAGAAGGGAGCACCAAACAGCCAGAAGGGAGCACCAAGCGGCCAAAAGGGAGCACCAAGCCGCCAGAAGGGAGCACCAAACCGCCAGAAGGGAGCACCAAGCCACCAGAAGGGAGCACCAAGCCGCCAGAAGGGAGCACCAAGCCGCCAGAAGGGAGCACCAAGCCGCCAGAAGGGAGCACCAAACAGCCAGAAGGGGGCACCAAGCGGCCAGAAGGGAGCACCAAGCGGCCAGAAGGGAGCACCAAACAGCCAGAAGGGAGCACCAAGCGGCCAAAAGGGAGCACCAAGCCGCCAGAAGAGAGCACCAAACGGCCAGAAGGGAGCACCAAGCCGCCAGAAGGGAGCACCAAGCCACCAGAAGGGAGCACCAAACCGCCAGAAGGGAGCACCAAGCCGCCAGAAGGGAGCACCAAGCCACCAGAAGGGAGCACCAAGCCGCCAGAGGUAAACUGCAGUAGGUAG